AUGACAUCUGAUUCAUUGAAUAGUCAGAAUAAGUCCAACUUCAUUAAUUCUUUAGAUGACAAUGAUCUUAGCCAAGGACGAACUUCAGAUGUAAGUCAUGCAAGUCAAACUUUUAGAUCUCAUAGAUCUCAUAGUCCACCAAUUGAAGAUUUACCAUUAAUUGAUCAAGAAAUAACAGAUAGUGAAGAUGAAGAUGAAUUUAUUAGAAAAUAUGGUGAUAUUCAAUUUCAAUAUAUUAAACCUCCAAAAGAUAAUGUUUGGUUUAUAAAACCUCAUGCAUUAAAUUAUUUUAAAGAUGGUAUAUUAUUUAGAACAAAAGGUGAAAGAGGUAGUUCAAGAACUGAAUUAUUUUUAGAUUUAUUAUAUGUUGGAUUAAUUGCAAAUUUAGCUGGAGAAGCAACUGAAGAAGCUAAUGGUUUAGCAUUAUUAAAAUAUUUUUUAUUUUUUAUGCCUAUUUGGACAGUUUGGGCUGAUAUAAAAGAUUUUACAAAUUAUUAUUAUAAUGAAGAUUUAUCUCAAAAAUUAUAUAUAUUUUGGAUUCUUUGUUUAUUAACAUUAUAUAUUAAUAGUCAUUAUGAUAUUACUGAAAGUUAUAGUAAAGCUGCUGUUACUAUUGUUCCUUAUAUGUUAUGUCGAUUAUCAUUAGCUGCUUCUUUGGUAGUUUAUUCAUUUUUUAUACCUGAACAUAGACCUCAACAAAGAUUAUAUGCUGCUUUUAUUGUUGUACUUUCAUUAUGUUGGUUAUCUGUUAUAUUUGUUUCAGUAAGAGUUAAAAUUGCCUUGUCGAUUGUGUUUUUCUUUUUAGAACAAGUUACAUUUGUCUUUUGUUAUCAUCCUUUUGUUAAAAGAUUAAUGGGAUUAACAAUGUCAACUGCUUUAAAUAUUGAACAUGAAGUAGAAAGAUUUUCAACAUUUGUUACUAUUGCUAUUGGAGAAUAUUUAUAUAAAGUUGUUGCAACAGGUCCAUUAGGUGUGGGAUUUAGUGGAAGUUAUGCAAGGGGUGUAUUUUUAUUAGCUGAUGCUUAUAUUUUAUUUUGGUUAUAUCAAUAUCGUAGUCAUUCAAGAAAAGCAACACAUCCAUUAAGACGUAGUGGAACAACUGCAAUUUUAUGGGUUUAUGCUCAUUUACCAUUAAUUGCAGCAUUAGUUUUAUCAGCUGAUGCAGGUGGUGAAUUAUGUGCUGAAAGAAACACAAGUACUAAAAAGCAUCAGCAUCAUUCAGAAGAAUUACAUGAAAGAGCUGAAUCAUCAUCUGAAGAAGAAAAAGUAAAUAUGUAUGGACUAUCAUUUUAUUAUACUGGUGGUAUAACAGUAUCUUUAUUAUCAAUGUUUGUAUUAGGAUUUAUUGAAAAAAGUAAUGAUCCACCAGGUUUAUUUAUUUUUCUGAAAUUUUGGAGAAUUAUAUGGAGAAUACCCAUUGCAAUUAUAAUUGUAAUGAUAAGUUUUGCUGAAAUGAAUUCAACUUUAUUAAUGGGGAUAGUCACUUUAUUAUUAGCUAUAUUAUUAGUUUUUGAAAGUAUUGUUUCAACUCCUAGAAAUUGUUUAUUUGUUGGAAAACAACCUACAGUAAAUACAGUGUAA